GAUGGCUCAUGUGGAUACUUCCUUCAAAGAAAGAGGCUCAUCUCCCUGAUGACACAAACAAAUCUAUUUUUUGGGAUGUGUCUAAACAGAAAUGGGUGGAUCGAAAUGAACCAGAGAAAAAGACCAAAGCCGUCCCACCACCACCCAUGGACCCUCCACUGAUGCCCCCCUGGAACACCAGCAGCUCAACAGGAAGUGGUGGCCCAUCUACUGUACUCCCCACCAAUGGAGCACCAGUCAACAUGUUCCGGAGGACUGGAAUUAGGAACCGAUAUGUUGACAUCAUGAACCCAGGCGGAGACAACACUAAGCCACCAACAAUGCUAACCCUGUUGACUCCUGUGGUGAAGACAGUGAACAUAUUCAACCCAUCAGCUCAAGUGUGUGCAGGGGAAAUGGUUGAAAGCGUUACACAGCCUUGCCAACCUUUGGCUGAGCUCUCAAACCCCCCUACCAAGGCUGAGAGUGUGCAUGACGCUUAGGGACUUCAAUCAACCAAAUUUUGGUGCCUUAAUGAAUGCAGGACAUUUCAACAAGCACACAGAAGCCAGACACGUCACUCUAUUACUACCAAAAUAAAUUUCCAUUCAG